AUGGAUCACGCAGCAAAGUGGAAAACACCACUACUGAAGCACCCAUAUCCCAAGCUCUUUCCGCUCUUGAUGCUAGCUAGUCUUUUUUACUUCUGUUCAGGUAUCAUCCAGGUGAACAAGACAGUGGAAGAAGUAGCAGUACUAUCCUGUGAUUACAACAUUUCCACCAAAGAACUGACGGAAAUUCGAAUCUAUUGGCAAAAGGAUGAUGAAAUGGUGUUGGCUGUCAUGUCUGGCAAAGUACAAGUGUGGCCCAAGUACAAGAACCGCACAUUCACUGACGUCACCGAUAACCACUCCAUUGUGAUCAUGGCUCUGCGCCUGUCAGACAAUGGCAAAUACACUUGUAUCAUUCAAAAGAUUGAAAAAGGGUCUUACAAAGUGAAACACCUGACUUCGGUGAUGUUAUUGGUCAGAGGCGUCACACCCAGCACAGAGCCCAAUGCCCAUGCGGAGCUUGAAAUCAUGACCCUGAGAUCAAGACCUGAGCUGAGAUCAAGAGUCGGACGCUUAAUCGACUGAGCCACCCAGGCAUCCCAAUGAUACUUUCUAAAUAAACUCUUAAAAAAAAAAAA